AUGCAGCAGCAGCAGCAGCAGCAGCAGCAAGAUGCUGAGGAUGAUGGGGUGCAGUUGAUGCGCUGGGCCUCAUCUCCUGCUGUCCCCUGGAGCAGCAGCAGCAGCAGCAGCAGCAGCAGCAGCAGCAACAGCAGCAACAGCAGCAAACAUGUUACGAACAGACGCAGCAGCAGCAAAGCCACCUACAGCAGCAGCAGCAGCACCAAGCUGCUGCAGUAUAAAGAAAAGCUAGCUGCAGCAGUUGCUGCCAGCAGAAGGUGGGGAGACACACCGGACAGGCAGCAGCAGCAGCAGCAGCAGCAGCAGCAGCAGCAGCAGCAGCAGCAACUGCAGCAGCAGCAGCAGCAAGAGGCGGGCGACAGCAAAGUUUGUGCAGCAGACGCCCUUGCUGCAGCAGCAGCAGCAGCAGCAGCAGCAGCAACAGCAACAGCAACAGCACCAGUGAACAGAAGCACAGCAGCAGCAGCAACAACAGCAGCAGCAGCAGCAGCAGCAAUCAAAGCGGAGACAGGAGCAACAGCGUACACAUCACCAACAGCAGCAAAACCAACAGGAACAGCAGCAGCAGCAGCAGCAGCAACAGCAGCAGCAGCAGCAGCAGCAGAAACAGGAGCAACAGCAGAGACCCCCCCACCGCCUCCUCUCCCUGUCUCAUUCCCCCCCCCCCACCACCAGCAGCAAUGCAGUGUAUGUGUGCCCCUCACCGCCUGCGCUGCGGCCGCAGCCCGCCCCCGAAAUAUCUUUUGA